AUGGGGUGCGGGUGUUGUUGUUGGUGUGUGUUGUGUGAUGGUGGUGUGGUGGGGGGGUGGAUUGUUAGUUGGGGGUUGGCGUGGGUGUGUGUGCUGAGAGUGGGGUGUAUGGUUGGUGGGAUGGGGACGGUGGUUGUGGUUGUGUGGGGUUGUGGUGGUGAUGAGGGCGUGUGUGGUGGUUAUGUGUGGUGUUUGGAGUGGGUAGGUUGUGUAGAGUUGUUGGGGUUGGUUGGUGUUUGUGUUGGGUAG